GUCUAGCAAUAUGUCAGCUCGCGGUGCGAAAAAGAAGAAGGCGACGUCAAAGUCGGCCAAAGCUGGUGUUUUAUUCCCGGUGGCGAGAAUGAGGAGAUACCUGAAAAACAUGACACACCACUAUCGUAUCGGGUCGGGGGCACCUGUUUACAUGGCGGCUGUGAUAGAAUAUCUGACCGCGGAGAUAUUAGAGCUUGCUGGUAAUGCAGCACGAGACAACAAGAAGAGCAGAGUCACACCUAGACAUAUUUUAUUGGCAGUGGCCAAUGACGAAGAACUCAAUCAGCUACUAAAGCAUGUGACCAUUGCCAAUGGUGGUGUACUUCCUCGAAUACUCCCAGAACUUCUCAUGAGGAAAAAAGGCUCUAAAUUUCAGAUGCAGUCGGAGCCACCCAAACUUUCUGUACAAACCAAUUCUAAUAAAGUUACCAGUAGUACAUCAAAACAGAAUGAUGUUCCAAGUUCAACGAAAAAAGCCAAGGUCAAGGUCACACCCAAGGUUGUAAGAGCUCCUCUUAAACCAGUAACAAAAACAGGAAAGACAGGAAAAAUAGCUAAAGUCAAACCAUUGAAGGGUAUCACUGGAUCUGCUGAAGCUGUGGCUGCUACAGCUGCUGGGAGCUUCACCAUCCUGUCAGAGAAAAAGCUGUUCCUGGGACAGAAGAUGACAGUAAUACAAGGGGACCUGGUGAAAAUCUUGUCUGAUGCCAUUGUACACCCAACCAGUUCUGCUUUCUACAUGGGGGGUGAAGUAGGGUCUGCAAUUGAGAAAGCUGGUGGUAAGGAGUUCCGCAAGGAAGUUGAUGAGCUAUAUAAAUCCAAUGGUGCUUUGGAUACAGCAGGAGCUGCCAUUUGUCCUGGUCAUAAUUUUCCUGCAAAAUAUGUGAUCCACGUGAAUGGUCCAUCGUGGGGUACUACCAAUUCACAACAACUCUUGGAAAAGGCUGUCAAGAAUGUAUUAACACUGGCGGAUGAGAAAAAUUUAAAGUCCAUAGCUAUACCCUCAAUAGGUAGUGGAAAUGCGGGAUUCCCCAAACAAACGGCAGCACAGAUUAUCCUAAAGGCCAUCAGUAACUACUUUGUCACCGUCAUGAGCAGCUCUCUAAAGCAAGUAUACUUUGUACUGUACGACAUGGAGAGUAUCGGCGUGUACACAAGUGAACUGGCUAAGUUAGACUCCUAGAUAUAGCUAGAAUGGAAUUAUCAAAAUCAACAGGAAGCAAACUUAUUUUCCAUUCUUUAACUUUUAAGUAGCUGUUCUAAAGCUAAAGCGUAUUGUUAGUUUGAAGUAAGCUGAUGGCAAAGAUAUCAGUUUCCUUUAUAAUAUCCAAUAUUAAAAAAAACCUGUUAACAUUCUAAUGUAUCAUAUUUUCAUAAGUCUUGGUAUUUGGCAUAUUAGCAAUUGUAAACACUUACAUACAACACAUGUUUCUAACCAAAACGAAGGAAAUUAUUUUUGUUUUAAAGUGAAACAUCAAAUAGGAGUUUAUUAGGUAAAAUAUUAAAUGAAACAUGGGGGUCAGAAUCCUGUUUUAAAGUUUGCAAUAUCACUUGAGUACAUGACUCCUGGUGGUUGUUAAUGAAUGUUUGAUUGGGGCCAUAGAAUAAACAUUCGAAAUAUCAAAACAUGUUUCUUAUCAGUUCAGCAAGAAAUUUAUAAUAGGUACUUGUAUCAUGAUUUUUUGUCCUUUUUUCCUUUUCUUUUUUAUUAGAAUUUAGUUAGAAAUCAGAUUAUUUUAUAUCAUUUAAUUACAUUAACAUCCUGUUAUUCAGUGAACUUGCCCAUGUAAUGUUUUUGCAUGCGUGCCAGUAAUGAUAUCUACCCUGGAGCAUCUUUCAUUUGCUGCACCAGUCAGAAAUCAAUUGGGAGUGUCCUCUACAUUAUUGCUUUAAGAUUUGUCAAAAUGUUACUUUUCCAAGUUAUGUGAUAAAAAGUAUCAAAUUUGUAUUUGUAGUUCAUGAGGUUUUCUGAAUUUCAUCUUGGAAGUUUUAAUUUUUGUUUGUCAAGUCUUUUAAAAAUAAAAAAUAAAAGACUUGUUCUAAAAAUGUGAAAUGAAUACUCAUUUUUGAUCCUGUGUACUACGAUCAGUAAACUAUAUUCACUUUUUGUAUUUCACAAUAUAAAAACUUAAUGUGGAAGAUUUGUAUUGCUACAGUCAUGGACAUUUCAGUAAUUUCUUUUAUUUAUUUUCAAAACUACAUAAGAGUUUCUAGGAAGGUUUUGUAACAUUUUUAUCAAAUAUAUUUUUAAACCACCAAUUCAUUUUAAAACAGUUGUUGCUCCUUCUUUUUCUCUUUUUGUGCCAUUGCAUUACACUUAUCCUAGAGUUUUAAAUUAAGUUUCCUGGAGUUUUAAAUCAAGUCUCAUUGUUGGUGACUUUUUAUGUUAUCAAAACUGAUAUAACACAAUUAUCAAUACAUUGUAGUGUUAUUUGUAUCCAACAUGUAGAGAUGACUGUUAAACUAUUGUGUGUGUUUGUGUGUCUAAAUUAUAAUAAACAACUAUGAGAUAGUUAUUUAUCUAAACAACAAGGGACCCUUGUUGAUAGUAUAUGGUUAACCGUCAGUCUUUAUUUAAUAGAUUAUUUUUUUAAAAUUCAAAAUACUGCAAGAAUCUAUAAAGGAUAAGAAAAAGUAUCUUUGGAUGAGUGUUAAAGGGUUACUGAAUUCCAGUUAUGAACUGAAUUCAUUGUAUAAAAAUACAAUUGCAUAUCUGUUGCCAUUUAAUGGGCAAUACUCCAGCCUUUGGAUUUAAAAUCUUAACCCACUAGUUACAGUACAUUUAUACUAUUUGUUAAUGUAGUCUCCCCGUCCCUCCCUCCAGAUAUAUUGUGCUUUUAUUUUGUGAUGAUGACUGCACAUUUCAUUAGUGAUGAAGUCUGGUUAGACUGCAAUUUUUAAGCUUUCAAUUAACUGUGAUUUAGCUAUAAAAUAGAUUGUUUUCCUUUAUAUUAUUGUUUGAGUAAUAUAUUAACAUUGUUACAUCAUAAUAUAAGAGCAAAUUUCUAGUAUUUUGUUUUGUAGUUUAUAGCGUUUAAAGUCUUUCUAAAUAGGUUAUUUGUUUAUACAUGUGAUAGAUUAUGAUUGAAAUCAUAAAUCUUUGCCCGGUAUAUUAGUCUUAAUUUAUUGACUAAAACAGUCAGGUCAACUUGUUGUUUACUUAUUUAUCCUGAGCAAAAUUUCAAAGGUUUGAUUUAAGUCAUCUAAUAAUGAGUUUUAAAAAUUAAAUGUGGCAGUUAUAUGAAGCGUUGAUGUUUACGAUAAUAAAUACAUGUAUUAGAAAUGAGCGAUAUUUCAACAGCUUUUUCCUAGAGAGUGAAGAGCAGAUACGUUUACCCAUGAAUAUAUAUACCUUAGAUGUGACAGAAAAUUUGCCCCCAGAUGUUGAUUGCAUUAGUAAAGCUACUUACAGUCCAAUUUGAAGCUAGCAAUAAAUUAUUUUCCUUUUUGGUGACAAGUUGAUUAAGUAGAAUAUAUUAUCCUUGCACCAUGACCUUAUGAAUGUGCAUUUGUACCUUCAUUUAAAUUAGCUGUAUCAUUAGCAUGAGUUAAACAUUGCUUCAUAAUUAAGCUGUUGUUACAUGAUGUUUUACACUUGAGAUUCAGAUAUCAUUGAUCCCGAUGAUGCAAUCGUACAUUUAACAUCGCUUGUGUAUAAGUAAUCCAUCACAUAUAAAAGUUGUUGUUUAGUAUCAGGCAAUCAUUUGGUUACAAUAAGUAUUUCAAGCCUACAAUAUAUACCUCUAAAAUGGAUGUAAAUAGAGGUCAACUAUGAACAAAGUCAUUUUCAUGCCACAUGUGCUUUUAUCAAACUUGUCAAAUAUCUGGAUGAAGAGAGACUAAAAGAAUUUUGGUGACUGAACUAUCAUGUAUUUCAUUUCAUUUCAAACAUUGGUCUUUAUAAUCUAGACCAUUCUUGUUUUUAGUUAAAAUCAACUUUUUAGAAGUGCUUCAUUUGUUUUACAAUGUUUUGGAUAACAGUAUACUGUUUUUCUGUUUUAAUAUAUUAUAUAUAUAUUUCGUAUAUAUAUAUAUAUUUAAUAUCUAUUAGAAUACACUUUAUUUCAGACUGUUAAUUAAUAAGCAUCUUAGAGGUGGAUAUAUAUCCACCUAUAACAUGCAUAUCUAUCUAUAUAUAUAUAUACACAAACUUCUCAAGUGAUAUGGUCUUGUCAUUGUCUGUCAGUUAAGUCAUCUUUUAAAUACUUGUAGUGUUUUCUAGUAUUUUGAGCACUUAACAUGCUUAUACUUCUAUAGAGAGUAAAUUAAUCUGUUUCAAUCAGGUAUUUAUUUCCUAAAAAUUUGAAUGAUUGAGAUUUUAACUAAUAACAUUAUCUAAUGAAAUAAGAAAUUCUGUUGUUGGUAUAACAUCCCAGUAAAUCAGGCAUUUUCCAUCGUUUUGUGAAUGGUUCUGAUAUGUAUAGUUCUACAUGGUCUAGUUGGGUGUGUAUGUUGUGUGAUAUCUAUAGGUAUGUGUGGUGAUGUUAUACAACACAUUCUGUUGGUGUGAUGGAAAUUUAGUCCAACAAUAAAUAUUGUACUUUU